AUGGCUUCUGCCUCAACAAUGGCCCUCUCUUCCCCUUCCUUCUCCGGCGAGGCGGUGAAGCUCUCCCGAGCCGCAAACCCCACCGAAAAAAUCUCCCGAAGAAGCCCACGAAUCACGAUGAGGAAAACGACCUCGAAGACCAAGCCCGCGGCUUCCUCCGGAAGCCCGUGGUACGGCCCGGACCGUGUAAAAUACCUCGGCCCGUUCUCCGGCGAGCCCCCGAGCUACCUCACCGGAGAAUUCCCCGGCGACUACGGCUGGGACACCGCCGGCCUCUCGGCCGACCCAGAGACCUUCGCCAAGAACCGAGAACUCGAGGUCAUCCACUCGAGGUGGGCCAUGCUCGGGGCCCUCGGGUGCGUUUUCCCCGAGCUCUUGGCCCGAAACGGAGUCAAAUUCGGCGAGGCCGUGUGGUUCAAGGCCGGGUCGCAGAUAUUCAGCGAUGGUGGGCUCGAUUAUUUGGGUAACCCGAGCUUGAUCCACGCGCAGAGCAUUUUAGCCAUUUGGGCCACCCAGGUUGUUUUGAUGGGCGCGGUUGAGGGCUACCGUAUUGCUGGUGGGCCUCUUGGUGAGGUCACCGACCCGUUGUAUCCGGGCGGGAGUUUCGACCCGUUGGGAUUGGCGGAUGACCCGGAAGCUUUUGCUGAGUUGAAAGUGAAGGAGCUGAAGAAUGGUAGGCUUGCCAUGUUUUCGAUGUUCGGAUUCUUUGUUCAGGCGAUUGUGACCGGAAAAGGCCCGUUGGAGAAUUUGGCGGAUCAUCUUGCUGACCCGGUUAAUAAUAAUGCUUGGGCCUAUGCUACUAACUUUGUACCCGGGAAAUGA